AUGGGCGAGCAAACGUUCAAUAUCGACGAUAACAAUUUAGAACAGCACAUAGUUACGUUAUUCGAAAAGUUGGAGUGUUUACGGAAGGAUGCAAAUUCGAACAGUGAUAACGUGUUAGCAGGUCGAGUGCCGGCGAGGCUGGAAGUGCGGACGCUGUCGUUGUGGAAAGCUGUUGUCGCGGAGUGUGUUGCGUCGUUCCUGUAUGUUUUUAUAGUGUGCGGAGCGGCGGGCGGAGCGGGCGUCGGCGCGUCCGCCUCAGCUGUGCUACUUGCCACCGCGCUCGCUUCCGGCUGUGCCAUAGCCACGUUAACUUUAUGCUUUGCUCACAUAUCUGGUGCUCACGUCAAUCCAGCGGUCUCUGUUGCGUUAUGUGUUCGACGCCGUGUAUCUCCGCUUCGUACGGCCUUGUACGUGGCCGCUCAGUGUGGAGGCGCCAUAGCAGGCUCAGCUGCUAUAUAUGGAGUUAGUGUCCCUGGGUACGCCGGUGGUCUCUCCGCUUCAUUGCCUGGAGGUGGAGUAGCGGGAGCUGGCGCAGCAUGGGAACGACUUGGAGCUGAACUACUGCUGACAGGACUGGUCGCUGGUGCUUACUUUGCUGCGAUGGAACGAAGGUGGACUGGUGCUGCACCGGCGUUGCUCGGUGCUGCAUAUUGUGCUGCUAGCUUCGUAUCUAUGCCGUCUCUGAAUCCAGCACGGUCUUUAGGACCGUCCUUUGUUCUGUCUCGCUGGGAAAGCCAUUGGGUCUGCUGGGUUGGUGGCAUCGGAGGGGGCAUUGCCUGUGCUUUGCUACAUGAAUGGGGCACACGGAGACCACGUGCUAACUCCAACUCUCGCGCCUCUUCACCCAGAGACCUAGACGAACUGGACAAACCGGCCUUUCCGUCUCAUCAUCACUAUCGACACGCACCGACUUACUGCUCUGCGGCUGCGCCUCGACCAGAUACUACGGAGCCACUAUACUCCGGAACUAAGUCACUCUACUGCAGAUCUCCUCCGCCUGCUCGCCACACUCUCCACAGGUCGCAGUCAGUAUAUAGCAAGAGCAGCGGCGCGGUGGCGAGUGUGGCGCAGGCGGGCGCGGCGCUGGUGGGCGCUCAGACGCUACUGCGGCCGCCGCACUCCAUCGCACUCAACCAGAACGUUCACAAUGCACAGCGAGACCCCGCAUAUGGCAGCACGGUUAACGGCGUGCGACCUGGACCAGCUGGAUGUGCAAACACGCCGCCGGGCGCCGCAGCGCAGGAACGGCGCGAGUCAGUGUACGGCGGCAGCCGGCGCGGGCCGCUGUCGUCCGAGGACAGCGCCUACGGCAGCUUCGCGCCCGCGCGCGCCUACCGCCCGCCCGACCACUACUAG